AUGGCCUGAGCUGCAGCCUGAGCUUGAGCUCCACCCGGUUCGCUGCGCUUCGAGCAGCCGGGCGCACGGAGCCCUCUCCCUCACGGCGCGUCGGCGUCGGGCCAUGUACUCGGGGAACCGUAGCGGCGGCCAGGGCUACUGGGAGGACGGGGCGGGCGCCGAGGGCGCAGCACCGGCGGGCACGCGGAGCCCCGCGCCCCUCUUCAGCCCCACGGCAUACGAGCGCCUGGCGCUGCUGCUCGGUUGCCUCGCGCUGCUGGGCGUCGGCGGCAACCUGCUGGUGCUGCUUCUCUACUCCAAGUUCCCGCGACUGCGCACGCCCACCCACCUCUUCCUGGUCAACCUCAGUCUGGGCGAUCUGCUGGUAUCCCUGUUCGGAGUCACCUUCACCUUCGCGUCGUGCCUGCGGAACGGCUGGGUGUGGGACGCCGUGGGCUGCGCGUGGGACGGGUUUAGCGGCAGCCUCUUUGGGUUUGUUUCCAUUACCACCCUCACUGUGCUGGCCUAUGAACGUUAUAUCCGUGUGGUGCAUGCCAGAGUGAUCAAUUUUUCCUGGGCCUGGAGGGCCAUUACCUAUAUCUGGCUCUACUCCUUGGCAUGGGCAGGAGCGCCUCUCCUGGGCUGGAACAGGUACAUCCUCGACGUACAUGGACUGGGCUGUACUGUGGACUGGAAAUCCAAGGAUGCCAACGACUCCUCCUUUGUGCUCUUCCUGUUUCUUGGCUGCCUGGUGGUGCCCAUGGGCAUCAUAGCCCAUUGCUACGGUCAUAUUCUGUAUUCUGUUCGAAUGCUUCGCUGUGUUGAAGAUCUUCAGACAAUCCAAGUGAUCAAGAUGUUGCGAUACGAAAAGAAAGUCGCCAAGAUGUGCUUUUUGAUGGCCUUUGUCUUUCUCACCUGCUGGAUGCCUUAUGUUGUGACUCGCUUCUUGGUGGUCAAUGGCUAUGGACACCUGGUCACCCCAACUGUGUCUAUCGUUUCUUAUCUCUUUGCUAAAUCGAGCACUGUGUACAACCCAGUUAUCUACAUCUUCAUGAUCAGGAAGUUUCGGAGGUCCCUUCUGCAGCUCCUCUGCUUCCGCCUGCUGCGAUGCCAGCGGCCUGCUAAAAACCUCCCGGCCGCUGAGAGUGAAAUGCAGAUCAGGCCCAUCGUGAUGUCACAGAAAGAUGGGGACAGGCCAAAGAAGAAAGUGACAUUUAACUCUUCCUCCAUCAUCUUCAUCAUCACCAGUGAUGAGUCCCUGUCAGUCGAGGACAGCGACAGAAGCAGCGCAUCGAAGGUCGAUGUCAUCCAAGUGCGUCCUUUGUGAGAACGGAAGACAGAGUCUUACCUCAGCUGCGACACAGUGGCCCUGUCAGGAGUGCCCCCAGAGUUCCCAUUUGGUGUAACAGUGACAGAAUCUCUGUGGCCCUGCAGGGAAUCCGAAUGGCCCAUGCGCUGUCUGUCUUCAAGAAGUGACGGAUUUGUCAAGAAGACAAAUUACUUUAACUCAACGGGUGCUUUUUAACUUGAGAAACUCCUGGUGGCACAAGAUGAGCGUCUGGCACCACUGUCUCCUAUGCCAGGAUUUAAUAUUUGAACGACUGUAUUUGCCAAAGCACAUAAUACAUUUUGUCUAUCAAAUGUGUCCCACUAUAAAAAUAACUGUCUCACAUACACGUGUACAAUGACUGGACAUCUGGAGUAUGUUGCAGUGUUGGGUCCUAUUUUGUGCCAUGUUGUGUGUUUGACCAAUUCAGUCUACUGAGAUAAUAAAUCAACCCCCACUUUUAUCUGAAAACCA